CACCAAGUUCCCAUUCACUCCUGUCCCUGUGAAGAGUGAAGAUGAUGAAGAGGAAGCUCAGUCCUCACAGCUUCAUCAAAGACAAACUCAACACAUGGAAACCGAAGCUGAUAGAGAGGACUAUGGAGGACCAGAACCAGCCAGGAACUCACAUCCACUUUUACAACCAGAGACUGAAGACCAGACUGGAGACUCUUCUGAACCUGACACUGAUGACAGUGCUGAUUGGAAGGAGACCAGAGAACCUCAGUCAGCUUUAAACUCUCUGAAACAUGAUUCAAGAUGUAAGAAACCAUUCAGCUGCUCUGAGUGUGGGAAAAGAUUUGGCGUCAAGUAUAGUCUGAAGACACAUAUGAGAAUCCACACAGGAGAAAAACCUUUUAGCUGCUCUGAGUGUGGUAGAGCUUUCACCGAUGGUGGAACCAUGAAGAGACACAUGAGAACUCAUUCUGGAGAGAAAUCUUUCAGCUGCUCAGUUUGUAAGAAAUAUUUUUCACAGAGUGGAUAUUUACAGAAACACAUGAGAAUCCACACAGGAGAGAAGCCUUUUAGAUGCUCAGUUUGUAAUAAAUCUUUUACGCUGAGUGAAAAUUUACUGUCACACAUGAGAACUCACACAGAAGAGAAGCGUUUUAGCUGCUUAGUUUGUAAUAAAUCUUUUACACGGAGAGGAAGUUUACGGUCACACAUGGCCGUAGUCCACACAGGAGAGAAAAGAUUCAGCUGCAGUGUUUGUAAUAAAUCUUUUACACAAAGUGGAAGUUUACAAAGACACAUGAUAGUCCACACAGGAGAAAAACCUUUUAGCUGCUCUGAGUGUGGUAGAGCUUUCACUGAACGUGGAACCCUGAAGACCCACAUGAUGACUCAUUCUGGUGAAAAACCUUUUAGCUGCUCAGUCUGUAAGAAAUCUUUUACACAGUGUGGAGCUUUAAAGUCACACAUGGCCGUAGUCCACACAGGAGAAAAACCUUUCAGCUGCUCAGUUUGUAACAGACGAUUUGCCCAGCGGUCUGAACUCAAAAGACAUAAAUGUGUUGGUCCGAUGGAAACAGAAGCUGAUGGAGAGGACUGUGGAGGACCAGAACCAGCCAGGAACUCACAUCCACUUUUACAACCACAGACUGAAGACAAGACUGGAGACUCUUCUGAACCUGAGACUGAUGACAUGAAAUAAUGUUUGUGCCCUUAAGUCCAACCAAAACUUCUAAGUAUCAAACAAAAAUCUUUAUGUAUCAAGAUCUAGAUAGAAGACAUUAUGCUGUGUGGUAGGAAAAAGUACACUCUUAUUUUAUUAGAUGUUGUUUUGUCUUGUAAUGUCUGUCAUAUAAUCAAUUAUAAUCAAGAAAUCAGACAAAUGUAACCACCCGAUAUUUUAUAGGGCACACAUAUAUAUUCACUUCUUUCUAAGUAACGUAUGUUUAGCAAGAUUAACUAUUAAUCAUGUAUCAAUAUGAGAGUUUAUUCAAUACACAUUGGGUUCAUGUUUUAAUUUUGUGUAUCAUGUUUAAGCACAAUUUAGGCCCAGCAGUCUCGGAGAGGAGACUUUUCUCUCUGUGUCAGCGAGACAGGAAGUGCAGGUUGAAAGCUAUCUUUAGUUUAACCAAGGGAGAUGUGAUGGAGGUAGCAUAGGGAAGUUAGCCUAGCACGGUGUUUCCUGUCAGGGAGAGGAGGAGUUUUCUCUUUGAAGCAAAGCUGAGAUGGACAUAUGAUGAUCUGUAUAAAACUAUAAAAACUCACUUGUGCAUUGCUAUGGUCCAAGGUAAUAUGAUCAGUGACACCAAAAUGAUUAAGGUCUUUUGGCAUGUAUAGUGUCUCCUAUGCCACUAAUUAGGCCAUGGUAAAGCUAAUAAAGUAAAGAAAUAUAAUCGUUUGAAUAUGACCGGUGUGGUACACCAGGACAUGCUGAGUACCCUCCAGGAUGAAAUAACGUGAAAUCAUUUGAAGUAAACCAUCUGUUGACUAGCAUGUACGUUAGUAGUUAUUGUCUGGGUCACAACGACCUAGGUGUACUUAAGAAAAGGAAGAUGAGAGGACUGUUAGAAGUAAAAAUAUCAACAGUUCAGGUCCAUCUAAAGAUGUAACAAACAUGAGGUAACUGUGGGUGUGAAUGUGUCCAAAUGACACCGCCCAAAACGCUGUAUAAGAAGAGUCAUAUGAAACUUAGAUUCAGUUGUCUAAUCGACUGACUAUCACCAGUGAUCAGUUGAUGUGUCUGAGGCAGCUCUGUUUGUUUGUUAAAAUGUAACUAAUAAAUCUGCAUGGAGUGAAUAUCAA